GUUGAUGAUCUGAUACUCAUUGCUGAAACAGAAUCUGACAGUGUGAGACAGAAAGUAACUGUUCAUAUAAUUGGUUCAGUGCUUGUUCAGUGCUGCUGCAACACACAGAUGAAGGAACAUUAUUUUGCAGUGGCUAUCAGAGUCUUCUGUUUCUUGGAGAAAAAAAUAAAAAAUCUCAGAGCUUGUGAUCCUGCAGAGGAAACUCCCCUAAAUUGGUCUGUUGAAACAAUAGAGGAAACCUGGGUGCCUAAGGACUUGGUAACUGCAUAUAUAGAAAAGCUCAAUAGUGAUCAGACUGCUCAUGCAGAGGAGUCAGCUAAGUUCCUGUUCUUAUUGAAAAACUUCAUUAAUGGCCUAAAACCUCCUCUGUCCUUUUCGAAAGAGGGAACUUGGUGGAAUCCUGAAUCUCUGAAUCAAGAUAGCCAAGACUACCUGCACAUCCUUUUGGGGCUAUUUGACCUGCUUGUAUGUGGAGCUAGUGAGGGAAGCAAUGCUGUUCAGUACAGAGCAUUGAUGAAUCUCUUACUCAAGGUACAUUUAAAAGAUUCAGAGGUUCUUUUCAAAUUCCUUUCAAUUUUAUGGACUUACAGUUAUAACCUUUCAAAUCAUCUGAACUAUGAAGUCAAUGCAAUGCUACAGACUCAAGCUCUGUAUAUUGGCUAUGCACUGCUUGAAUCACAGACAUACCAAAAAAAGAAACAGCUGCUAUUGCCAUCGUCUCCAGUGGUGAUCUCUUUGCUAAUUAACUUGGGCAGUCCUGUGAGUGAAGUUCGAAGGGCUGCUCUCAACUGCCUCCAUUCCUUGAGAGGGAUAAAGGAGUCUCUAUUGCAUCCUGUUCUUCAGCAUUUGGAGCAAAAGACAGAAGAAAUCGUAUCUGACCCUACAUACAUAACACAGAUGAUGGAAACUCUAUUUGAGGAGCUUGAGACACAACCAAAACAGAAAUCUCAGAAGAAAAAGUUGUUGGAAGCUUUGGAAAGCAUACUUGAUUGUGUACAGAACCCUACUUUCCCAUCAUAUAUUGCAAGAAACUUAAUGAAAAUUCUUCAUGAAGUCCAUGGUGAGAUGAUCCUUUCUCACCUCUUGCCUGCACUAGACCGGUUGCUAGAGAAGGUCUCUAAGAAACCUGAGGCAAUGUUGAAAGAUGAAGUUGUUCUCCUGUAUCUUAUCCUUGGAAAGUUUAACGAAUAUUCAGCAACACUCUUGUGCAAGAAUCAGCAGAGUCUGGAUUUAUUUAUCAAAAGUCUACAUGCUGCCAAGAAAAUCUAUGAAGAAAUUCCACCAUUUCAGAUCACAGCACUUGGGCAGAUUACUAAACCAUUCUUUGCAGCUGUGUCAGAUGGGAUGGUGCAACAGAAACUAUUAAAAGUAUUGUUCGACUUACUGUUAAACUGUAAGGACCCGCUUUGCGCCCAGACAAUUAGCAGUGUGUUUAAAGGGAUUUCAGUGUGUGCUGAGCAGAUUGUCAAAGAACUAGAGCCUCCUGAGAAAACCAAAAGUCUGGGCACUGUUCAGCAAACUAGAAGGCAGAAAAUGCAGCAACAGAGAAAGCCUCAAGAUGCAGAACUGGCACCAGAAACAAGUCCCUUCAGCUGGCAGAGGGUUAUGCUUAUUCUGGAACUCCUGCAGCAUAAGAAGAAACUUAGACGCCCGCAGGCAUUGGUACCUGCGCUUUUUAACCUGCUGAGCCGGUGUCUGGAACCUAUGGCAUCGGAAGAAGAAAAUAUGGAAUAUACAAAGCAGCUAAUCCUCAGCUGCCUGCUAAGCAUCUGUCAGAAAUUGUCUUCAGAUGGUAGCAAGGUUCCAGCAGAUAUCCUUGACAAAGAAAAAUUCAAUGUGGAAUUGAUAGUUCAGUGUAUCAGGAUAUCUAAAAUGCCGCAGACACACCACCAUGCACUGCUUCUCCUUGGUGCUGUUGCUGGCAUGUUUCCUGAUAAGGUUCUCCAUAACAUUAUGCCCAUCUUUACAUUCAUGGGAGCAAAUGUCUUGCGUCUGGAUGAUACUUACACUUUCCAAGUAAUUAAUAAGACAGUGCAGAUGGUUAUUCCUGCUCUUAUACAGGCUGAAGACAGUGACCUGUCAGAGUCUUCGGGAAGCGUGGAAGAGGUGGUGAUAAAGAUCAUUCGUGUGUUUGUGGAUGCCUUGCCCCAUGUGCCGGAGCACCGACGCCUGCCAAUCCUCGCCCAGCUGGUCACUACGGUGGGAGGAGACAAGUUUCUCUGGGUUCUCCUGGUGCUGCUGUUUGAGCAGUACGUCACCAAAACUGUGACUGCGACAUCAAGCACAGACAAGGAUGCUGUUCUGGAAGCAGACACUGAAUUUUGGAUUUCCAUCUGUUGCGAAUUUAAUGUACAUACUCACUUCCAGAGCAUGAUGAAAAUAAUCCAGUACUUGACAGAGCUGCCAGAGAACAAAGAAGAUGAUUCUGGGCCAAAAAAGUCAAGAACAUGCAAUACAAAGCUAAAAAAUCAGGAUGGGCAGCUCUUUAAUGUGGAGUCUCACUCAGACAAACAGCUCCGGCAUUUCAAAUUCUUGUCAGUCUCCUUCAUGUCACAACUUUUAUCCUCUCAGAGUUUUGUGAAAAAGAUAGUUGAAUGUCAAGAAACAGAAGAGCUGCAGAAGUUGGAACAGAGGCUAUUAGAAGAAGUUCUUCGCUAUAUCAACACUGUGGCAUCUUCAGUGGAAUCAAACGUGGACAAGCCAACAGCCAAAUUUUGGAGGGUUCUGCUUAACAAGUCCUAUGAUAUGCUGGAUAAAGUGAAUGCCUUAUUGCCAACAGAAACCUUCAUCCCUGUAAUCAGGGGACUAAUGACGAAUCAGCUCCCAUCUGUGAGACGUAAGGCAAUGGACCUUUUGAACAAUAAGGUGCAGCAGCGCACAAGGUGGCAGAAGAGCCAGAUCCUGCAGCUCUUAGAGCUAGUUCCUGAGCUCAUUGCUAUUGUGCAGUGUAAAAGAAAGGAGGAAGAGGAGGAACAAGCCAUCAACAGGCAGACUGCUUUGUUCAGCCUCAAGCUACUCUGCAAAGGUUUUGGCACAGAAAAUCCAGGGCCAUUUGUACCUGUUCUGAAAACUGCCAUUGAUCUAAUUUCUUCAGAGAAGGAGGAAAAGAAUGUGAUGGGAAGUGCUUUGCUCUGUAUAGCUGAGGUCACCUGUACACUGAAAGCCCAAGCAAUACCUCAGCUUCCAAGGCUGAUGCCGGCACUGUUGAAGACUUUAAAAAGUAAGAAGGAGCUGGUCUCCAAUGAGAUUUACUUGCUGAGUGCUGUCACUGCUCUGCUGAAGGUUGCAGAAACAUUACCACACUUCCUUAGUCCUUACCUUUUGGAUUGCUUGCUGCAGACUGUCCGCUUAGAAAGGAUUGUGGUCGAGUUUGGUCCUUCUUCCCAGAUAAGCUUACGUGUAACAUCAUUGAAAACUAUCCUAGCUACAAGGCUCGCUCCCCGAAUACUCCUGCCUGCAGUUACAAAGUGUUACAGUGAAGUGGCAAAUACCCGGAAGAACUGCUUGGGUCCCCUUAUGAACAUUUUGAAGGAGCACAUUGUUGGUAUGGAGAAGGAGCACCUGAUCUCCCAUCAGUCUGAGCUGACGGCGUUUUUCAUGAAAGCCUUGGACUUCCGAACAGAGCAUGCCCAGGAUGAUUUAGAAGAAGUUGGUAAGACAGAAGCUUACAUUAUCGAUUGUCUGAUAAGUAUGGUUAUGAAACUUUCUGAAGCUUCUUUCAGACCCCUCUUCUUCAAGCUCUUUGACUGGUCCAAAACAGAGUGUACCCUAAAAGACAGACUGCUGACGUUCCACCGAAUAGCAGACUGCAUUGCAGACAAGCUCAAGGGUCUCUUCACCCUGUUUGCUGGUCAUUUAGUGAAGCCAUUUGCUGAGACACUGAACCAGGUCAACAGUUCUAAAACUGAUGAAGCUUUCUUUGACUCUGAGAAUAGCACAGAAAAGAGCUGUCUACUGCUGCAGUUCACCGUGAACUGUCUGCACAAGCUCUUCCUGUUUGACACCCAGAAGUUCCUGAGUAAGGAAAGAGCAGAAACCUUGAUGACGCCUCUGGUCGAUCAGCUAGAAAAUAUGCUUGGAGGAGAUGAGAAGUUCCAGGAAAGACUGACCUACUACAUCCGGCUGAAAACGAGACACGCCUCUCCUAAGGUCCGAUUUGCUGCUUUACUUGCUUUGGUAGAAGUUGCACAAAAACUGAAGGAGAACUACCUGGUCCUGCUACCAGAAUCUAUUCCAUUCUUAGCUGAGCUCAUGGAAGAUGAAUGUGAAGAAGUUGAACAGCAGUGCCAGAAGACAAUUCAGCAAAUAGAAGUCAUUUUGGGAGAACCACUCCAAAGCUACUUCUAA